AUGGACGUCACUGCGGGUGUCGACGACAGAGCGGUUUAUGCGAAGCUGUCCACUUCAGCGUCGUCGUCGUUUGACCACCGUCCUGCAGGCUAUCUGCCGCGAAGUAGUUUAUCCCGGAACGCCCAGCAUGGCGUGGAUGAGGACUUGGUUCUCGAUUCUCGGGAUGUCGCACUGAACUCCCAGGAUGAACAGUUGGCAUCGGAUGCUACGGACUGUGUGAUUAGGUGUUUCCAGCGCGUGUCUUUCGGCGCUGUGUUGAUCAUCAUCGCCCUGCUUCUAAUGCGCUCGACGUCGCAAACACUGCAGGAGAGGCCCGAACCGGAAAAGAGGUUCGUGAUGCCAGAGCCGUUGAUCGAGAGGCCGCAGUCUGACCAUCAUGAUCAGUUGGAAGGACAUGGCAUCAUCGACCAGGAGUUUGAACGGCAUGGGCGAGCCAUCGACCAGGAUAACUUUGAACGACAUGGCCUCAUUGACCAGGCGGGCACAUGCAAGGCAGCCUCCUUCCUCCUGGGCGCCUUCCCGGGAAGCUUUGACCUUGGCCAUCCAGUAAAGUUUACGGCCGUGACAGACAGCUGCCAUCCAUAA